UGUGCGCCUGCCGGGCGGCACGCCUCUCCUGCUGGGCUGCGGCCAGGGCCCACAUGCCCAGGGCUCUCUGAGGGCCGAGCCUCCUUGGGCCAGGAUCCGUGGAGGAAACUUCUUCGCGUCCUUUCUCCUUUGUGGCCCCCGUUGGACCGGGCCCAGCACCUGUCGCUCGGCUGAACCCGGGCAGAGGAGGGCAAGCUUCGAGGCAAAGCCAGAAGCUGAGAGAUUGGGGUCCCGAGGCCAUUCUGUGACUGCGCGGGGAGGACGCAUCUGGGCCGGAGCCAUGGUGAGGAACAUGGAUGACCUGGACUUCUGCCUCCAGUCCCACCCCCAGGACAUCCUGGAUGGGCUCCGGGCCUUCCGCGCCCACCCCAAGCUGUCGGACGUCACGCUGCGGGUCGCUGGCCAGGCGUUCCCGUGUCACCGCAGCCUCCUGGCCCUCUGCAGCCCCUACUUCCACGCCAUGUUUGCGGGGGACUUUGCGGAGAGCAUCGCCGCCCAGGUGGAGCUCCCCGAUGUGGACCCCGGCACGGUGGGGCUGCUGCUGGACUUCGUGUACACGGGCAGGCUCACGGUCAACCAGGACAACGUGGAGGCGCUGACCGAGACCUCCAACCGGCUCCAUUUCCCCGCCGUGCAGAGAGUGUGCAGCCGCUACCUGCAGCAGCAGAUAGACGCCAGCAACUGCCUGGGCAUCUGCGACUUCGGGGAGCGCCACGGCUGUCCCGAGGUGUCCUCCAAAGCCUGGGCCUUCCUGCAGGAGAACUUCGAGGCCGUGUCUCAGGAGGAGGAGUUCCUGCAGCUGCCCAAAGACAGGCUGGCCGCCUACCUGGCCAACGAGCUGCUCCAGGUGCGGGAGGAGCAGAGCCGGGCCGAGGCCCUGCUCAGGUGGGUGAGGUACCAGGAGGAGGCCAGGGCCCGCUACCUGCCCGAGCUGCUCGACCUGGUGCACCUGGUUUCUCUUCCCGACCAAUUCCGGCAGCACUUGCUCUGCACCGAGCCUUUGACGAGGGCUUCGGAGGCCUGCAAGGCGGUGAUCUCCCAGCAACAGAGCCUGGCUUCAACAAUGCUUCCGCAGAAACUGGAAGAAGUUCUGGUGAUAGUAGGGGGGCGCGCACUGGAAGAGUCCGAGGAUGAGGAGAAUCAUGAGGAGCCUCCACCCAUCUCCAGGAACUGCGCCUUCUAUAAUACAAAAUCUAAACGCUGGACGGCCCUUCCCGAUUUCCCCGACUACCACAAGUGGGGCUUUUCUCUGGUGGCGCUGAACAAUGAUAUUUAUGUCACAGGAGGUUCCCGCGGCAGUAAAAUCGACACGUGGUCCACAACCCAGGUCUGGUGCUUUUCACAGAAAGAGGGCAUCUGGAAAAUCAUUGCGCCGAUGUUGAAAGCCCGCACCAACCACGCCAGCGCCGCGCUCAACGGAGAGAUCUACGCCAUUGGGGGGACCACCAUGGACGUGGUGGAGGUCGAGAGCUACAACCCCUACAACGACAGCUGGUCGGUCAUCAGUCCGGCGCCCAAGUACGUGAGCAACUUCUCUGCCGUCGGCUGCCACGGGAGGCUCUACCUCGUGGGCUCGUGCGCCUGCAAGUACAACGCGCUGACCCUGCAGUGCUAUAACCCCCUCACAGAAGUCUGGAGCGUGAUCGCGUCGCCUUUCAUCCCAAAGUACCUGUCCUCCCCUCGUUGCGCCUCCCUCAACGGGGCCAUCUACCUCAUCGGGGACAACACCAAGAAGGUCUACAUGUACGACCCCGAGGCCAACGUGUGGCAGAAGGUUCAGCUGCUUCACAGUCUGCACGAGAAUGGCGGGAUGGUAUCCCUGGGCGACAAGCUCUAUGUGACGGGAGGCCGCUGGCAGGGCAUGGAAGGAGACUACCGGGUGGAGAUGGAGGUGUAUGAUGGGACUAAAGAUGUCUGGACGCGGGAAGGGGCGCUGCCCUGCCUCUGGCUCUACCACAGCUCUUCUUCCGUCUUCAUGGACAUCUCCAAGUGGACAGAGCCCUUUUUGAGGAGCUAAGGGCCUCCGAGGUCACACCUGUUUCUUCACCAUCCUCCACUAAAGUUGAGGUACCCACAGGCCUUUGCAUGAGCCUCCCCCAGGUAUCCCUCUCCACCAUGUCUGGAUGUCAUCACGUGUGCAAGUUUCUGCUUCUUCCUGCUUCCCAGAGCCAGAAGCCUUCGAGGGGAGGAAGUGAUGAUACCCACUGGUUUCCAAGGAAAGUUUAAAUGUGACUGCCAUGGCUGCUUUUGUUGCCUUUGCUGUUAUUUCCUUGAUAUUACUGAGAACCCCUUUUGAUAUGUUCUUAUUGGGUAACCCAGGGCAAAUCCUCUUGAGGGGAGGGAGGCUGGACUCGAUUCCGAUUCUGGGCUUGCCAUUUGGGGUUAGAGAGCUACCGAUAAAAGGCCAGGAGCCCUGAAGCCCACGUGAUUUCUAACUUCCUGAGCCUCAGUUUCCACGUGUACAAGAGAAUGCUGAACAAGAUGAGCUCCAACGUCCCUUCCUAGUCCAAAUGUCCAUGAAAUGCUCACUAUCUGAGUUUCAGUCUUUCCGCUCAUCCAAUAAGGAAGCUGAACACUCUCCCGGGUCUCUUCCAAAUCCAAACAUUUGCAGGUCUUCUCUAGGACCUUGUGCCAGUCAUUUCCCAUGUCUGAGGCUCAGCUUUCUCCUCUGUAAAGGAAAGAAAUCAUUCUCACCCUCCAAAUUCCCCUCUCUCUCCCCUCUAACAUUUUGUGAUUCUGGGGAUCCUUCCCCCAAACUCCAAGAAUCAGUCUGAGUGAAGAGGGACGGCGUCCAUGGCAAAGCCCUUUAUAGAUAGUCUAUACACAUCCCUGAGAGUCUACACAACCUCGCCCUAGGUUCAGUGGUUUUUUGCUUCUUCUGCUUGAGAGCACUGAUAGCUAUUUAUUCUUAGUUUAUGCCCUAAAGCCUGGUAGCAUACAGUAGGUGCUUAAUAAAUGCUUUGGGGACUGGACUGGACAGGACUUAGUAAGAAAGAAGUAUGCUUACCUAGGAGAACUAGGGCCCAGUUUUGCAGAUGGUGACCUCAGUGAAGUACCAGCUGUGUGACCUACACAAGUCAUUUCAUUUCUCUGAGAUAAGGUCAUCAUAUUAAUCUAAUCAAAUAACGUAAGUGAACUGUUUUGGACGAGUGCUGAAGAUCCGCCGGCUGUUAAUUCCAUUUUCCCCCUUUGUUUUACAUUGGCUGGACAUCAAAUAGACAAAGUCUGGGGAAAACUACUAUCCUCCAACUGGCUUUUUUUCCCUUGAGGCAAUUGGGGUUAAGUGACUUGCUCAGGGUCACACAGCCAGGAAGUGUUAAGUGUCUUAGCUCAAAUUUGAAUUCAGAUCCUCCUGACUUCAGGGCUGGUGCUCUAUCCAUUGUGCCACCUAGCUGCCCCCUUUUAAAUCAUUUUUUAAAAAAAAUUCUGAACUUCAGCAUCACACAAAGAGCAUCUCCACAGAAAUAUCAGAACACAAAGUGAGGACUGUGAUGACCCAAGAUGCUCUGUUUCAUGUGGCUUGCUAUAAGGACUGUAUGCAAUAAAGUCUGUAUUUUACUUCUGAGA